UUCUGCGAAGGCUUGUUGCUGCGCAAGUGUGGAGUUACUACUUGCCGAGCAGGCGGCGUAUCAACAUUGGUCACGUGACACUGUGCCGAACUAGCUGAUCGUCGACGCAUGCGGUGCGCUCGAUUAGCCAACAGUCCUAGCAGUCGUUAACUUGUGACUCCGCUGUUUUGAUGGAUUAUAACUGCAUUGCUAGAGGAAACUUAAAAUAUAAUAAUAUUUACAUUCAGUUACGCUACACAGGAAAGAAUGGAUAACAGUCUACGGGCACUACACUGUCAUAUCCACAUGUGAGACGAAAGAAUUUGUUGGAGUUGUGUCCCUUAGAAGAGAGCAACGGAAUAUCACAAAAUGGCGGAUGCCGUGACACGUGAAGCGAGUAAGAAGGGGGCCGUGCUGGCAGCGACAACUCAGACAGUCAGCGGGGUCAGCACACAGCAGAAGAAAGGGAGCACUACGGCCAAGCUGCAGUUGCUGUCUUCUGGCGGCCUCCGAUUGAUUACACCAGGUGGCACUGCUCUCGGACAAGCUAACACGGGAGAACCUGCAAAGGGUCAGCAGCGCUUCUUCACUAGGCAAACCACCGAUGGUCAGUGGCAGUUGUUAAUGUCUUACGAUUCGGAUCCGGGUCGCGUGUUCUUGCUUCAGGCACCCACCAGCCAGCCUAUGCGUGCAUCAGAGUCGAAAGCUGUUAGUAAGGCCACCAAAACGGACAGCUCGUCCUCUAAAAUGCCCAUGAAAGUCUUUCUCGUGAAUCCUAAGGACAACAGACAAAUCUCCCCCGUUGCGAGCAGCGGCCGAUCUUUGCUAGGAGGCCAAGAAAAAACUGACUCUCGGGCAGCGAAAGUUCCAGGCAAAGCCAUUUCGUUACUUCCAAGCAGUUUACAUCUCUCCAAAGUCGAAACAACACGUGUUAAGGCAGCGUCAACAGCCGGGAGAGCGGAAGCCGGAAGCGCUGGGAAUGCUCCAAUCUCGAACACAAAGGGUAGCUACCUGGUCAGUAUGCCGACCAUCACCGCCAGCACGCAACGCACGCCGCGUCGCUGGCCAACGGCCAGGAGUCCGCGCCUGGUUCAGCUGGAGAAGCCCAUCACGUCAAGAAGAGCCAACAGGGUUGUGAAACCUCCUGCAGCAGCCGCCUUGCUGUCCGGAGCCCUGAAAAAGUGUAAGAAGUUCCCGAAGAUAAAAAAUGAGCCUGUUAUCAAGAAGGAGAGAGUGUUCGAUCGUGAUCCUGCGGGGUACGACAGUGACUCGGCAGAUGACCUGCCAGUGACCUUUCCCUUCAAGAUCGACUCAGUGUUCUCGCUGUCGUCCCCAGAUCCAGCGGCAGCUACACUGAACGAAGAGAACGAAGCACAGGAUGCAGAAGUGAAGAUGGAAGUGAAUGACGAACCGGUCAGCGAGCAAUUUUGUCAGGAAGAGCUGUCUCAGGAAGAGCUGUUGGACAUGUGUGGAUCGUCCUUCGUCGUGUUGGAGCGCCUAUCAAAGCAGAACAUCAACGAGAAAGCUCAGCCGGGCUUGAGGUCAAGGUGUUCUGACUACUGUCGCAAGAGAACGUUAAAGUACCUGUGUAUGCUAAACCUGAUCAAAUGCAGGCCGUCGAAGAUGAAACGGGAUGAAAGGGACGCGUGUGGAGGCCAGAGUGAGGAAGGCACAUCGGACGAAGGGUCGUCUGGCGAGAGGAUUAUGCACGGAGAGGGCGGCGCAGGGUAUGGUGGUCUAGCUGCAAAUAAUGCUAGUCAAAAUGCCAGCUCAGAUUUUUCGAGCAAGCGACCGGUGGCCGACAUAAAGAGUGUUGUUGCUGGCGCUGUGCGGCCGACCGUUUCGACGCAUGUGGGUGUCAUUUCUGACGUCACACACGCACCUACCGACCGGCAGAGGCCGAGUUUUAAGUCCAAAAACACUACCGUGACUCUCAUGAAUAGCUCAGAUGACGCUUCCGACAAGAUGGGCAUGGUUCAAGAUGACGUUUCUGGAGUCAAGAAGUCAGAGGGCGUUAAGCGGGCAUCAGCCCCUGCAAAGACACCAACCACUUUGUCUUCUAGGUCUAGGCAGGCAGCAAGUGCCGCAGUCAAGAAUUUAGCGAACCUCGUCAGGAAGGGCAGCGUUGCCAUGUCCGAGCACGAGAAGAAGCUGGUCAUCUUGGCAAGGAAAGAACCCAAGACCUCGUCGCCUAUGAUGGGUCAUUCGUCUCCGUCAGCAACCGCUCCUAGCGUCACUUGCGUUCAGCUUUUGUCGGCGCCAGGGAUGGGUCCCACAGCGAAAACGGUGGUCCCACCUGUGACCUCAGCUUCGAGUGGUACCGCGCCAUCAGUACCACCAACGUCGUGCGUCCUCACCUUCAUCAUCACGACGUCGGCUUCCACUGUAGCUGCGUCACGGCCUUCUCUCGUGACCUCGUCUUCCACGUCCAAGCCCACUGGACUUCAGACCUUGAUGAUACCCGGGUCAUUUCAGACAGUUCCCAGUGCUGCCGCAACGGUCAGGCAGCCAAAUGAGAUUUCCAAAAGCGUUCCUUUGUUACAGACCCCAACAUCCCUGGUGUCGUUUUUGCAAGGUAGCAAGAUAGGGAAAACAUCGCCGGCCAUUUUAAGCGCUACGCCACAGCCGACGGUUGUCAUGACAGCUGUGGCACCACCUGCUUCUGGCUUGCAAAUGCCACCGAUGACAACGAAUGCUAUCGUCCCGACGUCGAAGACUUCUACUGCAGGCGUCACAUCCAUGUCCUCGGCCUUGACCACCGCGACGUGCUCGGUCACCAGUUUAAGCUCACCUAGUUUAAGUGUAGGUUUGAAGCCCAUUGCACCUAAAGCCCAGUCCACCUUGCAAACGUCCUCGGCGGCCAUAUUAAUGUCGGUUGCUGUAGACGACUCUUUAUCCCAGACCUUGCACGCAGCUCCUUCUAGGACGACGCAAGGGCUAGUUCCUGACUCCAGCGCGACGUCCACAGCUAUCCCGACUAUUUUGGCAUUCUCCAAACCAAUUUUGACAUCGGUACCACAGUUACCAUCGGCAGGGGAGCUUUCUGACCUCAAGACAAUACCAUCAUUAUCACCUUCUGUUACCUCUGCAAAUGUUUCGUCGAUUGAACCAUUCCCAUCUAGCUCCGCUAAAUGUCCACCUUUGCGGACUUUCGUGACGCCGACUGUCACACCAGGAAGCAAAGGACCACUCGUGACCAUUCCCAGCAACUCGUUUAAGUCUGCAAAGUCUAAAAUCAAAAUUGUGUUUCCCGUCAAUUCCUCGGCCAUGAGCGUUGUGACAGGCACGUCCUUAUUAAAAGCCAUCCCGUCUUCAGCGCCCUCAGCCCCCUCAUUGUCACAUCCAGCAGUCUCCUCAAACGUCGUGGGUCGCUUGAACGCGGGAGAGGUGCCAAGUGGCCCUAUCCCCAGUUUAAACACUGAGCCUGUCGUCUCUGGAGCUUCCAUGCAUCCAGAAUCCAACAGCAGUGGCUCUAAGGUCAAAGUCGUCACCGUGGUGUUUCCCAAAGCAGCAAGAGCAAGCGCUGGCUCGCAGACAGGUCCGUCGCAGCUGCUUAACGCUAAUCUUCCGGCGGGACUGCGCCUCGUCAAGUGCGGGAAACCGGAGAAUGGAGACCAACCGCGGCCCAAGUACUCGUUAUUCAGCUCAGGCAGCAAAAUGGCCUCUGCUUGCAAGACAGAGGUGAGGUCGGCGGGCGAAGGCAAGGGCAAGGCUAAGGUGGCCCAUGAGGCAGUCAUGGUCAAACCCUCAAGCACCACGACCUGCACUGCCAGUGGCGAGAAUGUUGAGUCGGCGGUGAAGCGUCGCAGCACAGAAGAUAAGGGGGAUGCCGAGCGACGCGCCAAGAGGGCCCGCCUAGAAAAGCGUUACCCAUUGCCGCCAGGUGUGGUCAUCAAAUGCGAACCUGUCACGUCCGGUUAUCCUGGCGACGAUGCGCCCAACGCUGCGUCGAUGGAGGUGCCACCACCCUAUAUGGCUGAUGACGUAAGGCCGCCGCAGACCAGCGGGCAGGGCGCCACGAGGGGAGAGGAGACUCGUUUUGAGCCUCCUGGAGGCAAUGAGGUCGAGGCGCAGCUGCCAGAGCUAGAGACGGGUGACGAGGCUGUGGCGAGGGACGAGUCGGAGACUGACGACUUUCUGUUCGGCGAACCCCCUGUCCUGACUCCUGUCUCCCCCUUGGAACCCGGGAGCAGCCCGGACACUGCCAGUCUCGUCACGGAACUGUCCGCAGCACUGCACCAGAAGCCGGCGUCCAGACUUCGAGUGAGGAUUGUAAGUGCCACUGGCAAGGACGUCGCAGCAGAUACACCUCCAUUAUCAUCGUCAUCGUCGUCGUCAUCGUCAUCAUCAUUAUUAUUACCAUCAGGGUCAGCCGCACCAUCGUCGUCAUCGUUUCCUCCAUAUAUUCCUAAAACGACAUCGUCGGUGCCCUCCAGUUCUGCUGGUGACCGCAUUCGCCAACUGAGAGAGCAGCUGAGAAAGCAGCAGGAUGAACUGGACGAGAUUAGAAAGCAAAGGGCAUUGCAGAAGCCAUUUUGCCUUGAAGGAGACAGCUGACAUUUAUCAUUUCAUUGUCAUUAAUUACUAACUUUAGAACCUAGUUCUGUAUGUGUUUACAAAAUGGCUGAGUAUUUUCUAGUCUUUAUAUAUAUAAAUCAAACGCCAAAACUUGAGGACGUAAAAAAAAAAUUAUUAGGAGAGCAUGAGCAUAAGAAGUGCUAGGAUCACUACAUGUAACGUGUUUUCGACAGUUCUUUUUUGCUGUUCAUGGUUAGCAUGUCUCAACGAAAAAUCGGAGAAUCCAAAACGAUAGAACAAUAAGAGCACGAAGACUGAAACACAUUAUCGUUGGAACAUGCAUGGAAAAAAAAAAAACCCGAAUAAAACAAUACAUGGACAUCGACAUUAAGGACUGUGGUUCAGCUAUAGUUCCAAAUACGCUUAUGAAUAUUUUCAAAUGCAUCGUGGUUUAUAGCAGCUACAUGUAAGGAUUUUGUACGUUCUUACUCAUUAAAUUUAGUGAUGCAUGUGUUUUACCAUUUGUCGCUGGCAGCUAAUGUUUGGAUUGUACAGGCUAAGAGUAAAGCUUUUAUGAUGAAUGUCCACUGCUUCGCGACUAUCAUCACACAAAAAAUUAAUAAUAAAAAAUCAUGUACUUUUUUAACGAUAAAAACUUUGUAGCAGUAGUAGGUUAUAUUAAUGUUGUUAAGAAGAAAGAUGUAGCAGUAGUAGGUCAUGGUCAGAGCUUUCUUUGUCGAGCCUGAUUGGCCAAAAUGCUGAGUUAGCGUGAAGCACACUAAAUACUGAGUUGCUACUUAGCCGACUCGCAGUCUCCUCAAUGGUGGGAAGCUGAUAGUGCUCACGUUUCACUGCCUUGUUAAGGUCUUGUGGCUCUAAGCAUAUUUAUUCUCAGUCCGCCGGCAUUGUCGUAUGUGGCUAAAGACUUGAAAAGAGCAGGGGACGCUAAACGAUGGAAGGCAAAUAAAGAGGUUUACUCUUA